GUGCCGAAUCGGUUCCUGUUGAGGAUAGGAUAAGUUUCAGAGCCAUGUUUAACGACAACGGGGAUGACACCGUGCUCGCGGCGUUGGCUGCUUUUGCCAGCGUACAGAUCGUACACGAUGACGGCGAGGACGAUUUCUUGUGCACAACGGGUUGCUACAAAACUUUAGUUAAAGGAUUAACUUUGCAAGAACGCAUCCGAAGCAUAUUUAAAGUAAACUUUGAUCUUCCAGAGGAAGCAAACAUUCGCGAUGAUGAAUGCUCUGAAAAUAGGCAGGAAGAAGUGGAAAUGCUUGAUUAUAAUGUGUACGACCCCAAGGCAUCAGCUUCGACGGAAAGUUUGCUAGACAUUGAAAUACUGCCAACCGAAGUGGAGGACGUUUCGUUGGAUGAUGUUACUGGGCAACCGUUUGUGUUCCCUGAUGCCAGCCUCAUUUCGACUCACAUGAAAUUUCAGAACUUCGAUUAUCUAGAGCUCAAAGGCGGCGUGCGCUGCUGCGGUUGUGAGUUCAUUGCUGCGAACCCCAGCGAGCUCACACUGCACACAAUGGAUUGUCACCGACAGACGGUUGAAGCUGAAAACGAUCAAGCCAUUGUGUGUGAGAUCUGUUGCAAUCCGUUUGAAAGCAACCAAGAGUUACGCAUUCAUCAAAAGUGCGUCUCUGGGAAGGACAUUUUUCUCUGCAAAAGUUGUAUGGUGUGUUUCAACACGAAGGAAAAGUUAAUGCGCCAUAUGAGCAUUUGUGCCGAGCUAAAUCAAGAUGAUAGACAAGACGAUGAAGAAGCCUUUGCCGAACCGGUUGAUUUGAAUAGCGAGUUGAAAUCUACAGAACCGCUGGAACCUGUCGAUGCCAACAAAAGGGUUGCUAUAAUGCCGGAUGAAAAAUUCGUUACGCGCCGAGAAGAAUACGACGAGUAUCAGAUUCUACACACCGAUGCCAAACGGUGCUGCUGUUGUGGAGCAUUUUUCGCGAGCUACGAUGCAGUAAUGGCACACGUCCUCGAAGCAUGCCCUCGGUCAAAUGGUGCCACGGAAGACGCAACCGUCUGUACCGUGUGUGGUGUGCGUUUCAAGUCACAGAAGGCACUUAAAUACCAUAAAGGCACGAAUGACCGCAUCAACAAAAUUUACUACUGUAAGCUGUGCGAUUUAUCGUUCGUGCGAUAUUUUCAUCUUGCGCGCCAUUUCCACGCGUCUCUGAAACACUCAGCAAUCGGCGACGGCAUCGUCGGAAAAGAUGGCGAUCGUGUGAUGGUGGCACUGUUGAAAAAGCUUGGCUCUUCGGUGCAACCAUCGCGGUUCGAGCACGUGUGCUGUUUUCUGCGAUGCGAAGCCUCCUUCGAAAGGAGGCAAGAUUUGCUGGAUCACGUUGAGCAGAAGCAUGCACCACGUCGACGGAUUCACAUGAGGGAACGCACCUGUCAGCGGCACGUGUGCGCGAUAUGCCAGCUUGGGUUUGGCUCGGAACAAAAUCUACACCGCCAUCUGUACCAACGUUAUUUGAAGAAAACAAGCAUUUGCAGCUUCUGUGGCAAAGGUUUCAAGCGUCCGACUUUGCUUCGGCAGCACGAACAAGUGGAGCACACCGAUACGGCGCCUCAGUUCGAAUGUGCACUAUGUGGCAAGAAGUUUAAGAAGCAAUCGCUCCUUAAACUGCACCUGGUGACGCAUGAAGCCGAGCGAAAGUUUUCCUGCGAGCAUUGCACUUCCCAGUUUCAUUUCCGGCACCAACUGAAGAAGCACCAGCAAGCAGUUCACGCGACCGAGUUCCCGUACGAGUGCAGCUUCUGCGACAGAAAGAUGCCCAACAAGAAUAGCUACGAUCUGCAUCUGCGAACGCACACGGGAGAGAAACCAUUCGUUUGCCGGCACGGCUGUUGCCGCGCUUUCUCGCACUCAACCGACCGACGAAGGCACGAGAUGGUUGCGCAUACCGACGAGAAACCUCACCGUUGCGCCGUCUGCCAAACUGCUUAUGUUCGUCGGAGGCAACUAAUGCAACACUUUCAACGCUACCCGGAACACAACACUGAAGCGGAGGACAGCUCGCCAACGCAGGACGAGGUUGCAGAGGACUAGAGAUAGCGACGAACACU